UCAACAUGACAAUCCCCUGCCAAUGUUGACGAUAUUAACACGACAUAUGAUGUUAUUGUAUAUUAAAAAGAAACAAAACUACACUUUUCACGCGAACAUUUUAUUUUUUUAUCCAUGUUUUGGCUAUGGACCGCAUUUCUUUGAUAUUUGUUUUAUAUUGAAAAUUUUGCCCGGAAGUCUACUUGAAGAGAAAUUGCUCAGUAGGACUACAGGCAACAGUGUUUUAAAUUUAAAAGCAAAACCCUGUGGAUCGUCAAGUGACUCAUUUCCACUUCAACGGAGAUUUGAUGCCAUGUCGACAGAAAGUAAAGGUCCAGAUCUGGAAAAUACUGGAUAUUUGUCUGAGCAGAACACUCACAGACAAAAGUGCCUAGCGUCUCCAGAGAUUGGCCUUUUCUGUUGCCCCAUGUGUGCACUAGAAUUCAGCAGCAGCAGCAUCCUCCAAGAGCAUGUUGAGAUACACUUGCUGGAACACCAUUGUGUUCAAGGAGAGGACACACUUGAGUGCCCUCUGUGUCCAGUUGUUUGCAGCGACAGCGUCUCUCUGGAGCAGCAUGUUGAAAUUCACCUGGAUAAUGGAGCAGGGAGCUCUGAUUCAGAUGAAAGACUGGCUUGGAGACUUCAACGGGAAUUGGAGAAGAAGAGGUGGGAGGAGGAGAACCGACUGGAGAAAGAACAGUUUAAGAAGUUGCAGAGGCAGUUUGGCCUGGAUGGCAGUGGCAGCUAUCGCACACAGAUGGAGAAAACCAUGGAGCGAGAUGUGGCCAGGGGCAUCAUGGCCACCGCAGAGUAUCACUAUAAUAGGGUGGAGAUGAUGGAAUCUCUUGCCUCAGGAAUUGAUGAUGGCAGAACCAGAACUCAGGGUGUCAUUGGCGCCUUGUGCCAGUACUAUCAAACUGAGUGCAGAGACUGUGUGCACUUGUGGCUGAGUGCUGACACUGACCAUUAUUGCUCCUCUCUGGGAGACAAAGGCUGGGGCUGUGGUUACAGAAACUUCCAGAUGCUGCUCUCCUCUCUUUUCAGACUUGAUACAUAUGCGUCCUCUUUUCAAGACAAAUCAGUACCAAGUAUUCCACGUGUGCAGAGUAUGAUCGAGGAUGCAUGGGAUUUAGGACUGGAUCCACAAGGUGCAUCUCAUUUUAACAAUCAGCUACACGGAACACGUGCUUGGAUUGGAGCCACAGAGAUCUACGUCCUCCUCACUUCCCUAGGAAUCAGUGGCUGCAUCAUUGACUUCCACCAGCCAACAGGCCCAGGUGGCACUCAUCCCCGGCUUUUUGAGUGGGUCAAAAACUACUUCAGUCAGUCCAGCAGCACUACCAAAUUGCCUCCAAGACUAACCCAGACCACGUUGCCGCCACUAUACCUGCAGCAUCAAGGUCAUAGUCGCUCCAUAGUGGGUUUGGAGCAGCGGAAGAAUGGAAAUCUCUGCCUUCUGCUUUUGGAUCCUGGUUCUUCAUCAUCAGACACCAUGAAGUUAAUGAGUAGAGAGACGGCAUCCAUAGCCGUCCACCAUAUCCGAAAGCUUCCUGGCAGCCUGAAACAUAAACGGUACCAGGUAGUGGGAGUAGAGGGUGUGUUGUCCGCUGAAGAGAAACAGAUCCGCAUCUUGAACUCCAGAACUCUGUGUGCAGAAAGGAUCCCAUGAACCAAAACUUCGUAUCUCUUAAUCUUUGUUUUAAAAAUUAAUAUUUACUUCAUUGUUUUAGCAAUUACCGUGUACUGUACUUGUUUGGUAAUAAACGUUCAACAUUAAGCACUGA